AUGCCCGGGGCGGCAGCGGCGGCUUCGACGCCCGCAGCCGACGUCCCGAUCGACAGCAACAAGCACCGCAACAUCAAGAAGGACCAAGGCCUCGACGGUGGUUCAGGACAUCGGAGGGGCAGUGGAGACCGACAGCGACGACAGACCGAUCCAGAGCGAUGGGGCAAGCGGACCAUCGGCGAAUGGAUGACACUGGAUCGUCGGGACCUACGACUGGACUGGGACAGAGCGGAGGCUGCCAACGAGAAAGACGAUCGCUACACGGGCAAGCCCUGCUACGGCGAGCACGACACGACACACCCGCUGGCGAGGCACGCCAACGGAUACAAGGUGAGCUACAAGUGCGUGAGAUGCGAGCUGGUCAUGCUGUACAUCCCGAAGCACGGGGCGACGGGCAGGUACAGGCAGAAGGGAGCUCUGGGACCGACCGUGGGAAAGAUCAAGAUCGAAGAAGUGACGAAGGAGAAGGUCACCAAGGAGAAGGACGGACCCACCGACUCGCAGGAAGAAGAAGGAGUCUCCCCAGGCUGGGGAGCCCGUGGGUCCUUGAGAACCGACCUAGACGUCCCCUCAGGGGACGACGACGUCAUCGCGUUCGGGAUUGACGUCGAGUACCACAAGGAGGAGAUUAACCUGAAGGACUACAGCUGGGUGCUAGAGCAGGUGACAGAAGCUGGGAUGGCGACAGACCUCUACGUGAAACAGCUGAUCGAGUUCUGCACGGAGGAGGACAGCCAGCUCGGGAAGGUCGCGGAGGAACGCGAGGACGCCGAGAUCAUCAGGAUCACGCGGAAGGACGCGGAUCUCAGCACGAAGCAUGGACUGGAGUUGGCCAAGAACCUGGCGGUGAAAAACCCUGGAGCAGACAUCUGGGGAAGCCUACCGUGCACAGCCGUCAGCGCGCUUCACAACGGUUACAUCGGCAGACAGGAUGGCCAGUACUGGAAGAAGCUCGAAGCACGAAAGAAGAACCUUAAGAAGAUUGUGAAUCACUUCAUGGAAGUGAGCAGGAUUGUCAAGGACAAUGGCGGGGACGUGCACUUCGAGUGGCCACGUAACUGCCAUGGCUGGAAGUACUUCCCGGAGCUGAUAGAGUUCUUUGGUGAGCUGGGCAUGGAGAAGGUGAACUUCGACGGGUGCCAGGUCGGGGUGGUCAACACCAAGGGCGAGCCGAUAUACAAACCGUGGACGCUGUGGACCAGCAGGAAGAAGCUCGCAACGGCCCUGAGUGGCAAACGCUGCCCAGAUCCCCAAGGGCACGGACAUGCAGAAUGCUGUGGGGAGGAUGCUACACUAUCGGGCAAAUACCCCGCACGAAUGGCAAGGACCACCUGGCGGAAUAUCGUGGAACCGCCGAAGCUGAUGGGCAUGAUCGAGGAGCUGAGACAGGAGGAAGCCCUGGCGAACGACAACAAGGAUAUGUUCGACCAUGAGAGGGAGCUAGAGCUGACAAGCGACGAGCAACAACAAUGGAACGACCUGCCGUCGCUGAAGCAGAAUGAGUUAAUGAAAGCAGCGAUGCGGCUGCAUCGGAAUACUGGACAUCGACCACAGAGGGUGAUGAUCAGGAUCCUGCGAAGACGUGGGGCUUCAGCGACGACAAUCGCAGCCGUGAAGCAGAUCAAGUGCAGCUCGUGCAUUGAGAAUCAGAUACCAAGACCGAGACCAGCAGCGGUACUCGAGCCAGCUCGAGAUCUAUGGCAGGUGGUCGGCAUCGGCGUGAAGGAGAUCGUCGGCAACGACCAGAUCAAGCGGAAGUACCUUGUGAUCGUGGGCGAGGCGAGUAAGCUGACGUUGGCGGUCAAGAUCUUCUCAAUACCCGCUCAGGAGUCGAGGAACUGCACCGCCAAGGAGCUGCUGGAUGCGUUCAGAGGACAUUGGUCAGAUCGGCAUGGCAUGCCAAGCGUACUGAGGCUCGAUCCGGAAGGAGCAUUCGUGUCACACGAGUUCUAUGACAGCAUUGCAGGUGAAGGAGUGCAGGUGGAUCCGUGUGCCAUCCAGGCUCACUGGCAGAAUGGCAUAGCGGAGCGUGCAAUCAAGACGGUCUUCGAGUGCGCCAAGGCCAUGCAUCGUGAUCAUGAGACCGACCUGGAGGCAGCUGUACAUGCGGCGGUGGAGGCACACAACACGGUCGAGAGAGUCGAUGGAUACAGUCCGAGCCAAUGGGCCUGCGGGCGAGACAAGACUUGGUCAGGGACUCUCAAGAAGGAGGAUCGCCUGGACGUCGUGAAGUGCACGAACCAGAGCUACAUGGAGAACCUGUCCAAGCUGGUGCUGGCAUCAAAGAUCAUUGGCUUCAGAUCCAAACCGGAAAAGACGACCAUGGAAAGGAUCACCGUGAUCAGGUAUGAGGACGGAUCCGAGGAGACGGUCAAGGACGACAACUGGAACGUGUAUGGGAAGUCUACGAGGUCAAUGGGACGACGCUGGACUGGCAGGACCUACUUGUUUCCCAUCACGGACAAGCCAGAGGAGAUGAAGGUAUACCAGAACGCCAAGGAGGUGAUCCAUGAGAAGGCGAAGAAGAUGGUCGUGGAGCAGGUACCGGAAACCCAUGGGGACAAUGGGAAAGACCAGCCGUCAAUGGAUGACAUCGAGAGCGAGCAGGUAAAGAACACGAAACAGACAAUUGCAGGAGGAGCAGAUCUCAAAAGACGGAUCGUCGAGAAGAGAAAUGUCAAGACCGACGUGUUCGAGAAGACGAAGAGGGGGGUCAGGAUGCGGACCAACUUCGGACCAGCACUGAGGAGCUACAGUGCCUUCUUCAAUGACAAGAUCGCGGACGGUGACCAGAUGGACUGGGACAAGCUCGACUGGGAGAACUUCGACGUGGCGGCAUGGGCUGCUACGGAGAUCCAGGGGGACCUGGAGAUCCCGACGGGGAUCGACUACAUCGAGGUAGCGCUCGAGGCGUUCGACGCGAACAGUAUGAACAAGUUCACGAGGCAGCCGGAGCAGUACAUCACCAAGGCGAUGAAGAAAGGAAGGUCUGAGGCAAGUGUCAUGCACAUGACCGACGAGCAGAAGAGUCUGAUGAAGGGGGCGAAGCUGGUCGAGGUGAGAGACUGGAUCGCCAACGACGUGCUGGAGAGGUUACCGCCGCGCAUCAAGCCGACGUCGUCGGACGUCCUGAAGACGCGCUGGGUACUCACCUGGAAGAAGGACGAAGCGAAAGGGAUGCCAGACGACAAGCCGACCUACAUCGAGGCCAACGGUGAGCUGGCGGAGGAGUUCGGAGUACCUGGAGGGACAGCGGUGAGACUAAAGAAGGCAGUGUACGGACUAUGUCAAGCACCAAAGUCGUGGUACGAAAGCGUGGACACCCUGAUGGAGCAGCUCGGUGGCCAACGAUGCGUGUCUGACCCGUGCGUCUGGGUUUUCAGCGACGAGAACAACAACGUGUUCGGGGUAGUUGGCACACACGUGGGCGACUUCUUGAUCGCCGGAGAUGGUGGAGUUCGAUGGCGAGAGAUCGAGGUGAAGUUGCAGAAGGCGUUCCGCUGGACUCCAUGGGAGGAAGGACGCUUCAAGCAGACCGGGCUGUCGGUCAUGCAGACGGCCAGCAGCGAGAUCACCAUGCACCAGAAGGAGUUCAUCGACAACAUCACCGAGAUCAACAUCGGACAGGGGCGUCGCAAACAACGGGACCAGAAGCUGACGGAUAAGGAGAUGAUGAUGCUUCGGGGGGCACUGGGCGAGAUCCAGUGGGUGGCGACGCAGACGAUGCCGAAAUAUCAGGCGCAGUGCUCAAUAUAUCAGAGCAGUGGACCGACGGCGACAGUGGAGACGCUCUUCGGGAUCAACAAGCUGAUCAGACAGAUGAAGAGCCUUCACGGCUACCAGCUGAAGUUCGAGAGUUUCGAGGGAGCAGGAGUGGUCGUAGCGGACAUCCUGAACGGCAAGCGGGCCCCAGUUGGCUGGGUUUCGCAUCGCAGUGGUAAGCUACAGCGCGUGGCCAGGAGUUCGUUGGCGGCCGAGGCUCAGGCACUGACAGUGACAGAGGACGAGCUUUUCAAGGUAAGAAUGAUGUGGGCCGAGCUGAACGGUUUUGUUUCGGUCGUGGCCGUGGGAACCGCGAGCGAGAGCAAGACGGCAAAGCCGAUGCUGGAGGGCGUGAAGCAGGUGCGGUCGUGCCUGCGCGUGGGCGCUGAGAGCAUCUACGACUGUCUGGCCAAGCAGGUGCAGAUGCAGAGCCUGGCCGAGAAGCGGACGGCGCUCGAGCUGAUGGCCUUCGAGAAGUGCAUCAACGAGACAGAGUUGAUUGUGCGGCGGUGCCACUCCGAGGCCAACCUGGCCGACAGCUUGACAAAGACGACAGCUACAGGGCCCAUCGACCUGUACGUGAAGACGCGGAGCUGGGCGCGGGUAGGCGACGACGAGCAGCUCAGUGCCAGGAAGCGUAAGGAGCGCGGGAUGAGCAGGUUCGAAAACAACAAGGAUAUCCCUGGCCUCAUCAAGAUGGCAUUCAUGAAAGUGGGAGUGUCGUUACCAGAUGCAGCAGAUGGUGAUGGCAAUGAUGACGAUAACAUGAUAGUGAGUGAACCUACAUCCUAUGGCUGA